CAUGUACACCAGAUCCCCAGUUCCAUUCUUCACCCUCUCCUCAACCUAUGGACAGAUAUUGUUCUCCUUCAGGAGCCUCAUCUCUCUCUCCUUCUGUUGCUAUUAACUCAUCUCCAGUGAUCUCAAACAACAAGAAAACAUUCUCCAAGUCUCCCAUGAUUUGCCUCAUACGUGCUAGUGUCCGUCCCACCCCUCCCUCCAGUCCAUCUGCCAUUUCUAAUUCCUCACCUUUUUCAAAUAAGUCAGUGAAUGCUGUUGAGCAGCUUAAGCCGCUCUCGCGUAACAAAGUGAAGAGGAAGAGAAAGAGAGAGCAUAAUUCCACUGGUAUUGUUACCAGGUCAAAGAUAAAGAGAAGAUUAACAAGCUCAAUGGAAGAGACCACCAAUGCUAGCACCAGCACUUCUGAUUCAUUGACCAAUACUUCUAAUACAGCUCCUAUCUCUUCAACCAGUCCUCCUAUCAUUAUUACUAACUCUAAUUCAACCAGUCCUGCAGCUAGUGCUCUAACCAGUGUUAGCCCAUCAAUAAAUUCUGCUUUACCCAGUGCCUCUACCAGCGUUUCAUCCAACAUUCCAACCUGUAUUUUGUCCAGUUUUCCCCCCAAUAUUCCAACCAAUAUUUCAUCCAGUGCUUCCCCCAAUAUUCAAAGCAGUGUCUCUACCAGUGCUUCCCCUAAUAUUCCAGCCAGUAUUUCAUCCAGUGUCAGUGCUCCUCCUUCUCCUAGACUCUUUCAUGGUAAGCAGUGCUACAUUAGACUCCCAUUGAUGAAGAAGCCACUCACUAAACUCCAUUCCUCAGUUCCAAGGCUCUGUGUUGAAAAAUUAAAAAACAUUCCCUCAUUUGUAGACAAAGGGAACACUGGAACUCAAUCUCCUAUGUCUCUUUCCACUUUAUUGUCUCAUACUCCUCCUGCUAAACCCACUCGCCUAUCAUUGCCAAUAACUAGAUCAUCUAAAGUGAAAUCAGUUUGUAUUCAAAGACACUCCUCCUCUUCAGUUUUGUGUCCAUCUUCUUCUCCACUAGUGCAGCAACAGGGCUCCUCAUCAUCUCCUCAAACCAGAUCACCAUCCUCUCCUGUCCUUUUAUCAUUACUAGCUUCUCCCUCUGGCUCCCCAUCCAGCUCCUCCUCUAUUCCUCACUCUCAGUUAUCUUCGCAUCAAAACUCACCCACUCCUUCCCACUCCUGUCCUGUAUCAGUAUCAGUCACUAAAGACCAAGUGACAAGAUCAAGAGCACAUAUUCUUAAAAGAUCAUCACUCAAUGGUUCUGCUAGUGGUCCUUCUCAUAUUACAGGACGUGGGUUAUCCCGUCAGUUUGGUAAUACCAGUAAAGUAUCAGGAGGAGGUCCUGUUAAUAAAGAUACUGGUACUACUGGAGCCAGUGGGAGAGGAGGGAGGGCUAAGAGGAACAUUGAAAGUUUUAAUGGAGAGUCACAGUCUUCAGAUGAGAGGAGGCCAAAGAAGAGAAGAGGUGUUGUAUCUGAUGAGGUGAGGCCUCCUAAUAUAGUAGACUGGUCCUGUGCCCUCUGUAAUCUUGGUAAUAAUGCUAGUGAGCUCAGUUAUCUGUAUGGACCUUUAAACAAUGUUAACAACAGAACAGAAGAUGUAUGGACUCAUUGGAAGUGUGCAGUGUGGGCAUCAGGUGUGUAUUUUGAUGGU